UUGGUCUAUUUGUAGUAUUGGUCUACUCCUCCUCUGACAAUUGGAACAACGAUAAACUGAGUGUUGAGAGUCAGCAGUCAGCAAAGAUCAGCAGCAUUCAACGGUUUCAACCCGCUCCUCUACUCCGUAUUACAAAUUCAGAUAAACAGUAUAAAAUUGCUUCCUUUGAGGUUCUAUAUAUUAUUGGAAGAUUGAAUUGAGAUUGUGACCAGACAGAAAUUAUGCAGCAUGUACCUUACCACCAAUAAUAAUCUACUCUCUAGCAUUUGGAUGUUGCUUGCUUGAGAAUUGGGGGAAGUCCAGUGUGAUGUCUACUGAUAAUCGAACAACAAAUUCAAUCAGGCAUGACAUUGGAAAUUCUGCUUCAAGGGAUUUGAAAGGAGAUGGAAGUCUUAAAACUUCCGAGGAACAAAAGGAACUUUUUGGGCAAUCCAGGACACAAGAACAUGAGAUCUUUUCUCUUAGGGAAAAAAUUACUCAAGCCUAUAUUAAGGAGAUGCAGAUGCUCAAUGAGAAGUAUGCUUUGGAGCGAAAGUUUUCAGACCUGCGUAUGGCCAUGGAUGAGAAGCAAAAAGAAUCGAUAACUGCAGCCUUAAAUGAGUUGGCUGUCAGAAAAGCUGACCUUGAUGAGAAUGUAAGACUAACCAAUGAUUUAAAGGAUGCAGAAGAGCAGAGAUAUUAUUUCAUGACAUCUUUGCUUGGAUUAUUGGCUGAAUUUGGCACACGGCCAAGCGUCACAAAUGCUUCUUCUAUUUGCAUGAAUCUCAAGCACUUGUAUGAUCAACUGCACCAGAAACUACAGGGAAAAACAAGGGAAUUGAGGAAUCUCACUCAGGACCCAUAUUAUGAGAUCGGUUCUCAACCUAGCAAUUUACAUGUUGGGUCUCCUUACCAACAAAUGAAAGAAGAAUCAUCUCUAUCAAGUCGAGCUGAAGAAUAUUUACCAGCAACCAAUAGGGCGUGGCCUGAUGAGCAGACUGGGCACUCGCUAAUCUAUGAUGAGGGUCCUGGAAUAGAAGGUUUCCAAAUAAUUGGUGAAGCUAAAUUGGGAGCCAAGCUUCUUGGGUGUGGCUAUCCUGUACGAGGCACUUCACUUUGCAUGUUUCAGUGGGUUCGUCAUCUCCAAGAUGGAACUAGACACUACAUUGAAGGUGCUACCAAUCCAGAGUAUGUAGUUACAGCUGAUGAUGUUGACAAGUGUAUUGCUGUUGAGUGCAUCCCAAUGGAUGAGAAUGGUCGUCAGGGUGAAUUAGUAAGACGCUUUGCCAAUGACCAGAAUAAGAUAACAUGUGACCCAGAUAUGCAGGCAGAGAUUGACUCGUAUAUUAAUAAAGGCCAAGCCGAUUUCGGUGUAUUAGUUCUGUUGGAUUCAUUUAAUCACUGGGAACCAGCAACUUUUAUUUUACGGCGCUCAGGCUUUCAAGUGAAGAUCAAUAAAACAGGAGCUCUUCAAAUUGCUGAUGAAUUCUCAGAUAACUUAUCGAUCAAGAUUCCUGGUGGAUUGUCAACACAGUUUGUUCUAACAUGUUCAGAUGUAACUUCACACCCUUUAAGCACAUACAAUGAUAUUAGAAUGCGUGACACUCUUGUGUUGACUAUAAGAAUGUUCCAGAACAAGGCUCGUGAUGAUCGAAGAAAAGGGAAAGGACCAUUAUAAGUCACAAAAUUUAAAAAUAUACAAAUCAAGAGCCAAUUACAGCAGUUUGUGCAUCAAAAAUUGGUAUUUCAUGUGAAUGCUUGUAUUUUUAUGUAACUCAAGUCAAAAUUUUGCAUUUAUUCUUUACUAUGUUUGUCCAAUUAUUGUAGAGAAAAAAAAAAGGAAUAAUCAUAUUGAAUUUACAUUUGUAGAUUAAUGUUCUGUAUCAUUAAAACCACAUUUAUACUAUCCCGUACAUAUUAGAAAGCGAUGCUUAAUUUUGAUA